AGAACUAUAUGCACUGACGCAACCUCAGGAAAACCCACGAUGGCUGCCAAGCGCAAAGGCGGCCUGAAGCUGAACGCCAUCUGUGCCAAGCUCAGCCGCCAGGUGGUCUUCGACCACGGGGGAGCCGAGCAGGCGCGCGUGGACAAGGGUCCCCAGCGGGAGAGCAGCAACAAGGACCUGCCGCAGCCCGGGACCAAGGAGCCAGGCGCCGAGUUUGCAGAUGGGCUGGGCAGGAGCGUGCAGAAGAUCGAGGAGGACAAGCGGAGGGAGGUGAUCGAGAAGUGGGUGAAUGGGGAAUACGAGGAGCCCUCGCCAGGCCGUGCUGAGGGCAAGGAGGGCAAAGGCGCCGAGGGCGCGGAGCUGCCCCCCGAAGGGGUUUACAUGGUGCAGCCCAAGGGCUGCAGCGACGAGGAGGACAACGGGGACGAAGCAGACGCCCUGCGGAGCUCGCAAGACGGCAGCUUCUUGGACGACCGGGACUCAGACGGGACGGCUGCCAAAGACGAUGGCUACCGCGGUGCGGCCAGCGAGGCGGCCUCCAAGCUGGGCACAGCCUCAGGGGAAGCUUCAUCGCUGCGGGAUUAUGCCGCUACCACCAUGAAUGAAUUCCUGGGCAUGUUCGGCUAUGAUGAUCAGAACAUGCGGGAUGAGCUGGCCCGCAAGAUCAGCUUCGACAAGCUGAAUGCUGCUACCUCAGAGGUCACUGCAACUGCUGCCUCCCUUCCUGGUGAGGAUGCCAUGAGCAAACGAGCCCGCUUCUCCAAAUACGAGGAAUACAUCCGCAAACUCAAAGCUGGAGAGCAGCUUUCUUGGCCUAUGCACUUGGCCAAAUCUGAAGAGUUGGGCUCCAAGCUGGGCAAAGAGGCUUCCUCAGUGCUGGGACAGCCCAUCCGUGUGCAAGGUCCAGAUGCUUCCCUACUGACGGAGACCAAAGCCACCAUCCUGCCUCUGCCCUCUCCUAGCAGUUCCCAGAUGCAGGGCCUGAUGUCACGGGCCUCCAAGUACGACUUCUUCAUUCAGAAGCUGAAGACAGGUGAGAGCAUCAGGCCACAAAAUGGCAACACUUACAAGAAGGCCUCCAAGUACGACCUAGAGAACGUCAAGUACUUGCACCUUUUCAAGCCUGGAGAAGGAAGCCCAGAUAUGGGAGGAGCCAUUGCCUUCAAGACAGGCAAAGUUGGCCGUCCUUCCAAGUAUGAUGUAAGAAACAUCCAGAAGCUCACUCCAGUAAAGGCUCCAACACCCAGCCUGACCCCUGCUUCACUUGUCAGUACCCCUAGCAGUGCUUCUGUGGCCGGGCCAGAGCAGUCCGUCUCAUUGCCGUUCAACACUCCAGAGUACCUGAAAUCAACAUUCUCCAAGACAGACUCCAUCACAACUGGAACUGUCUCCACAGUGAAGAAUGGAUUACCCACUGACAAACCAGCUGUCAGCGAAGAUGUAAAUAUUUACCAGAAAUAUAUUGCCAGGUUCUCUGGCAGUCAGCACUGUGGACAUAUACACUGUGCGUACCAGUAUCGAGAACAUUACCACUGCCUCGACCCGGAGUGCAACUACCAGAGAUUCACUAGUAAACAGGAUGUGAUUCGGCAUUACAACAUGCAUAAGAAGCGUGAUAAUUCCCUCCAGCACGGCUUCAUGCGCUUCAGCCCCCUGGACGACUGCAGCGUGUACUACCAUGGUUGUCACCUGAACGGGAAAAGCACACACUACCACUGCAUGCAGGUGGGUUGUAACAAGGUCUACACGAGCACCUCUGAUGUGAUGACCCAUGAGAACUUUCACAAGAAGAACACGCAGCUUAUCAAUGAUGGCUUUCAGCGGUUCCGUGCCACGGAGGAUUGCGGCACCGUGGAGUGCCAGUUCUAUGGGCAAAAAACCACUCACUUCCAUUGCAGGCGCCCUGGGUGUACAUUUACCUUCAAGAACAAGUGUGACAUUGAGAAGCACAAGAGCUACCACAUCAAAGAUGAUGCCUAUGCCAAGGAUGGCUUCAAGAAGUUCUACAAGUAUGAGGAGUGCAAGUAUGAGGGCUGUGUCUAUAGCAAGGCCACCAACCACUUCCAUUGCAUAAGGGCAGGCUGUGGCUUCACCUUCACCUCCACCAGCCAGAUGACCUCCCAUAAACGCAAGCAUGAGCGCCGUCACAUCCGGAGCUCAGGAGUGCUCGGCCUGCCUGCCUCUCUCCUAGGAUCUAAGGAUAACGAGCAAGAGGAGUCCAGUAACGAUGACCUCAUUGACUUCUCUGCCAUGAGCUCGAAGAACUCCAGUCUGAGUGCCUCCCCGACCAGUCAGCAGUCUUCCGUUUCUCUCAUCGUCCCAGCUGCACCCUCCUCUGCUGCUGAGCUUGCUUCCUCCCAGGCCAGCAAGCCUGCCAACAGCAUGACACCAGCCACCAAGAUCUCUGGCCUGCUCUCCCAGGCUCUUCCCAGCAAUAUACCCUUGGCCCUGGCACUCUCCAACUCGGCACUUCCCGGAACAGCCGGAUCCUUUUUCCCCAUCAUUCCCAGCCGGGUCUCUACACCACUUCCUGCCAGCUCAGCUAAUCUGAUGACUCCUGGUACUUCUGGCACAAAUCCAUCAUCAUCUGCUUCUGCAGAUUCCUCAUCCCAAGCCAUCUCAGGAUCUGGUGACCCAGCAGCUACUGCUUCUCCAGCUCCAGCAGCAUCUAUAAUGGAAAGGAUCUCUGCUAGCAAGGGAUUGAUCUCUCCUAUGAUGGCAAGGUUGGCAGCAGCUGCACUCAAGCCCUCUGUGGCACUUGAUGAUGAUUUGGAGAGGAGCAAAACAGGGAAUGGACAACCAACAACUCCCGGACGGUUCAAUCCAGUCCAGGUGAAGCAGGAGCCUGUAGAAGCCAUGGGAUCAUUAUCUGCUGCCACUCAGGACCCCUUGCAGGAACACAGCUUGGACCUGAGCGUCAAGGAUCAUGGUAAUGAAUCAAAUGGCCACACAGUCUCGGCAAAUUCAUCUCUUUUAUCCUCGCUUAUGAAUAAGAUGUCCAAGACCAGUGCUAGCCUUGGCAACCUGCGUAACUUGAAGACUGAAGGAGAGGGCAGCCAAGCUGUGGCCGGGGAGCCAACACAGUACUUGGGAAAGGCAGUGAAGGCGCUCGUUCAGGAGAAACUCUCUGAGCCGUGGAAGAUGUACCUGCGCCGGUUUGGUACCAAGGAUUUCUGCGAUGCGCAGUGCGACUUUCUCCAUAAGGUGCAUUUCCAUUGUGUCGUGGAGGAAUGCGGUGCCCUCUUCAGUACCUUGGAUGGAGCCAUCAAGCACGCCAAUUUCCAUUUCCGAACUGAGGGUGGAACUGUGAAAAGUAACUCCGAGUCUCCCUUCCCAACUACUGCUGAGGCUAAGGCUUCAUUAGCCCCAUCGUCACCAUCUGCUACUUCGGUCACCAUGGCGAGUGCUCCUGGCCUUGACGUGCCCACUCAGAGCCCGGCUGCUGUGCCCUCUGCCCCAACUCUGCUUGCUUGGAAGCAGCUGGCUUCAACCAUACCCCAGAUGCCUCAGAUCCCAGCAUCAGUGCCUAGCCUGGCAACUUCACCCUUGGCAACCACUUCCCUGGAGAAUGCCAAGCCUCAGGUCAAACCCGGAUUUCUCCAGUUCCAGGAGAAGUAA